AUGUAUUCAAAUAAUGAAAAAUAUGAAUAUUUUAUUGUUAUCAUUGUAUUUAAAUAUUAUUUACUCUAUUCUAUUAUUAUAUCUCUUUGUUUAUUUUAUUCUAUUAUUAUUAUUUGUUUCUUCUUUUAUUCUCUUCUUUCUUUAUUAUCAUUUUCUUCAUUUAUCAUAUCAAAUAUUCUACAUAACAAACAUCUAACAUCAAAUAUUUUGUUUAUGAACAGUUGUUAUUGUAAUAACAAAUAUACAUUUCAAAAUAUUCACAAUAAACAGAUUAACAACAUGAAUUUGAUAUUAUUCUUUAUUUGUUAUUAUUCUUAUUCAUUUUCAUAUUAUUGA